UCAGGACUCUGGCUCUGGUGAUGCGGGGCGCCCUGGACUGGCGGAUCGAGCCGAGAGUUCGGACGGGUCGCAGGCCGUAAGGAGACCCACCACCUUGCCCUCCCCCCUCCCACCCCAGGAUGUCGGGGUGCCGGCUGGCCAACAUGAACGGGUUCCUGGAAGACCACCGGAUGGAGGCCGGGGACGUUAAUCGGAUCAUGAGGUGUCUGGAGACCGGGUCGGUGCUGACCCUCUUCUAUCAGAAGAAGUCCCAGCGGCCGGAAAGACGGACAUUCCAGGUCAAGAUGGACACCAGGCAGGUCAUCUGGUUCCGGACGCCAGAGAAGGUGGAGGGUGAUAUUGAUAUUCGGGAGAUAAAGGAGAUCCGGCCGGGGAAGAAUUCGCGGGACUUUGAGCGGUUCCCCGAGGACGCCCGCAAGGUUGACUCCACCCUCUGCUUCAUCAUCCUGUACGGAGCCGACUUCAGACUGAAGACCCUCAGCGUGGCCGCGUUCAGCGAGGAGGAGGUGAACAUGUGGAUCAGCGGGCUGAACUGGGUGGUGUCGGACACGCUGAAGUCUCCGGGGCCCCUGCAGGUGGAGAGGUGGAUAGCAAAGCGAGGAGCUGCGACUACACGUCAGCGGGUUUAUAAUCUUCUCUGUGUUUCCAGCGUCUCCCUGAAGGACCUGAAGGCUCUUCUCCCCCAAGUCAACUACCGAGUGCCUAACAUGAGGUUCCUGCGGGACAAAAUGCAGGAGAUCGAGGCCCGCAGCGAGCUGUCCUUCGCGCACUUCGUCCUCUUCUACAAGAACCUGAUGUUUGACGCUCAGAAAUCGAUCAUCGAGCAACUGGAAUUGUCCUUCCCGCUACGGAAUGUGGACCGUCCGUCUCUGUGUCAGAUCUCGCUCUACGAUUUCCAGUGCUUCCUCCAAUACGAUCAGAAGGAAGUCUGGGCAAGUGACCUUGGUAAAGUGAGAGAUUAUCUAUGCAGUUAUCUCCGAGACACAGACAGCGAGAUGUCCGAGCCCGUGCUGCAACUGGACGAGUUCCUCAUUUACCUCUUCUCCAAAGAGAACGGGAUUGUGGAGGCGCAGUGUGACGCGGUGAUCCCGGAAGAGAUGAACUUCCCGCUGUCCCAGUACUGGAUCUCCUCCUCCCAUAACACGUACCUGACCGGGGACCAGUUCUCCAGUGAGUCCUCCUUAGAGGCGUACGCUCGCUGUCUCCGCAUGGGCUGCCGCUGCAUUGAGUUGGAUUGCUGGGACGGGCCGGAUGACCUGCCAAUCAUCUACCACGGACACACGCUGACCUCUAAGAUCAAAUUCCUCGAUGUCCUCUACACCAUCAAGGAGAACGCCUUCAUCACCUCCGAGUACCCGGUCAUCCUGUCCAUAGAGGAUCACUGCAGCGUCAUGCAGCAGCGGAAUAUGGCCUAUUACUUUAAGAAGGUGUUUGGUGAGAUGCUGCUGACCAAACCGGUGGACAUCAAUGCGGACGAGUUGCCGUCUCCCAACCAGCUGAAGAGGAAGAUCCUCAUUAAGCACAAGAAGUUGGUGGAAGGGAAUCUGUAUGAGGAAGUCUCCACAGCCAGCUACUCCGAGAAUGACAUCAGUAACUCCAUCAAGAAUGGAAUCCUGUACCUGGAGGACCCCAUCGAUCAUACUUGGAGUCCGCAUUAUUUUGUCCUGACCAGCAACAAGAUCUAUUACUCCGAGGAGACGUCCCGAUACCAGUCCAACGAGGAUGAAGAAGAGACAGAACCAAAGGAGGAGUUAAAUAAUAACGAGCUGCACUUCAGCAAGAAAUGGUUCCACGGGAAACUGGGCGGAGGGCGCGACGGGCGCCAGAUCGCGGAGAAGCUGCUGCAUGAGUACUGCACGGAGACCGGAGGGAAAGAUGGGACCUUCCUGGUGCGGGAGAGCGAGACGUUUGUGGGCGACUACACCCUGUCCUUCUGGCGCUCCAACCGGGUCCAGCAUUGCCGCAUCCACUCCAGGCAGGAAGCCGGCACCACCAAAUUCUACCUGACCGACAACCUGGUGUUCGACAGUCUGUACACCCUUAUCAGCCAUUACCGGGAGGUCCCGCUGCGCUGCAAUGAGUUUGAGAUGCGCCUGACUGACCCAGUGCCGCAGCCCAACGCCCAUGAGAGUAAAGAGUGGUACCACGCCAGUCUCACCCGCCUGCAGGCAGAGCACAUGCUGAUGAGAGUCCCUUGUGACGGGGCGUUCCUGGUGCGCAAGAGGAGCGAACCAAAUUCUUACGCAAUUUCCUUCAGGGCGGAGGGCAAGAUUAAGCACUGCCGCAUCCAGCAGGAAGGGCGUCUCUUUAUGCUGGGGAGUUCGGCAGAGUUUGAGAGUCUUGUGGAUCUUGUUAGCUACUAUGAGAAGCAUCCUCUGUACCGCAAGAUGAAGCUCCGCUACCCCAUUAAUGAGGAAGCUCUGGAGAAGAUGGGCACAGCGGAACUGGAUUACGGUGCCCUCUAUGAAGUUCGGACUCCGCACCUGUACGUGGAAGCCAACAAAAUGCCGACAUCUCGGAGUAUGGUGAAGGCUCUCUAUGACUACAAGGCCCAGCGGGAGGACGAGCUCUCCUUCUGUAAGCAGGCCAUCGUUCACAAUGUAGACAAGCAAGAUGGAGGCUGGUGGCGCGGGGAUUAUGGCGGGAAGAAGCAGCUUUGGUUCCCGGCGAACUACGUGGAGGAAAUGAGCAACGCGUUGACCACAGAGCGGGAUGACUCGUCGCUGUUCUUCGGUCAGUCUGCGGAGAACAGCCCCCUGGGAAACUUCCUGAAAGGGUUCAUAGACGUUCCCACUUGUCAUAUCGUCUUGUCUAAGGAAGGGAGAGGCCUCAAACCCCACAUGUUCACCAUCCACUCCCAGCAGAUGUCUCACCCCUCUCAAGCGCUGGAUGUGGCAGCCGACUCACUGGAAGAGCUUAACGACUGGAUAGCGAAGAUCCGAGAGGCUACCCAGAAUGCAGAUGCGAGGAUGCAAGAAGGGAAGAUAAUGGAGAGGAGAAAGAAGAUCGCACUGGAGCUGUCUGAGCUGGUCGUCUAUUGCCGCCCUGUGCCUUUCGAUGAGGAAAAGAUCGGGACGGAGAAGGCUUGCUACCGCGACAUGUCUUCCUUCCCCGAGACCAAGGCGGAGAAAUACGCCAACCGCAGCAAGGGGAAGAAGUUCCUGCAGUAUAACCGGCGCCAGCUGAGCCGCGUCUACCCCAAAGGACAGCGACUGGACUCCUCCAACUACGACCCGCUGCCCAUGUGGAUCUGUGGGAGCCAGCUGGCGGCCCUCAAUUUCCAGACUCCAGACAAGCCAAUGCAGCUGAACCAGGCGCUGUUCAUGAUGGGCGGACAGAGCGGGUACGUCCUGCAGCCGGACAUCAUGAGAGACGAUCUCUUCGACCCGUUCGAUAAAAACAGCCUGAAGAUCGUGGAGCCAAUCACAGUGCAGAUUCAGAUCCUGGGGGCCCGGCACCUCCCCAAGAACGGCCGCAGUAUCGUGUGUCCCUUCGUGGAGGUGGAGGUCUGCGGCUCCGAGUUUGACAACAGCAAGAACAAGAGCGAUGUUGUGGCCGACAACGGUUUGAACCCGGUGUGGACGAUGAAAGAGUUUGUGUUUGACAUCAAUAAUCCAGAGUUCGCCUUCCUGAGGUUCGUGGUGUACGAGGAGGACAUGUUCAGCGACCCCAACUUCCUGGCCCAGGCCAUAUUUCCUGUGAAGGCCCUGAAGACGGGCUAUCGCUCGGUCCCCCUGCGGAAUAGUUACAGCGAGGAGCUGGAGCUGGCGGCCCUGCUGGUGCACACAGAGAUCGUCAACGCUAAGGAAGAGGACGACGAGAAUCUGUACACGUCCAUCCAGCAGCUGCGUGACCGAGCCAGCGAGCUUUCCUGCCAAGUGUCCAGCUACGAGCGCGCCAAUAACUGCGACUCUCGCUACCAGCAGAGGCUGGAUGAGCUCCGGGCGGCCCAGGAGAGACUGCUCGAGCUAACCGAAGUGCGCAACAGGAAACUCAUGGAGAAGAAGAGAAGAGACCGACAGCUGGUGAACAAGAGGAACUGAGCUCCGGGCACGUUGAGUUCACGCUGAUUCC